AUGCAGUCGCAGCAGACUGCGUACUCGAAAUUCUCCGGCGCCAAUGAUGCGCGCGAAGCCACACUGGAAGCUGUAUUGACCGAGCAGCAAGAAGCAAUUCGUCUAGAGACUCGUGAUACUGAGAACCACACGACAAGUGCGCGUAUCGCCGUGGAGACGGCGGUGCUUGGCCAUCGCGACGUUUAUCAGGCGAGUGAGGAGAAACUUCGAUGUCCUGUGCGUCUACGCCUCACUGCCUCUCAACCGCACCAAGUCUCGUCAAUCUGGUACGCGCAGCAGCUACCAGUGUUGCAGGGUUUCGAGACACGGUUCACGUUCCAGAUCACCGACCAGUCUCGGCGCUGCUUCGAAGUCAAAGACCAGAACUUCGGGCUCCGCGAGUACCAAAGCUGUGCAGUUCAUGGUGGGGACGGCUUGGCAUUCGUGAUACAUUCCCACCAAAACCGCACAGCGACACUGGGAGCCCAAGGUUCCAGCAUGGGAUUCCCUGGGCUUCAAAAUUCACUUGCCGUCGAGUUCGACACGUGGUUCAACGAUGAAAGCGUUGGAGACGAUGUCUUCUACGACCAUGUUGCUAUUUACUCACGAGGUCAAAACAGCAACACGAACUCCGAAAGGGCUCGAAUUUCGGCGGCUGCUGUACAUGAUCUCGCCGAUGGCAAGUAUAACUACGUGCCUUACUUCUCGGCGACAACGAAUCUGCACAAGUUCAUUAAAGACGUGUCAGAAGGCCGAAGAGUUGGAACACUGGUGGUGUUUAUGGAUGAAGGCAUCAAAACCGAUACGCCCAUCUUGGCGAUUCCGAUCAAUUUAGCGGCUACAGUGAGACUGGAUUCUGAUGAGGCAUUCGUGGGAUUUACAGCGUCAACCAGUAGCUCGUGGCAGAAGCACGACGUCUUGGGCUGGUAUUAUUGCACCGAGCCCCCGUGUUUGGACCAGUACGACACGGAAAUGACGUUCGACUUCGACUACAACGAGCAGUCAAUGCUCUCUACUGCUUCUCAUGGCAACAAGCUCUACCCGAUAUUCAUCUACCCGGACACGGCGUCGUGGGCCAAACGACAGGCCUACUUUUCCGCCAACCAAAAGAUCGGACUCGUCUCCUGA